AUGAAACCCGUCAUUGCACUUACUAGCAGCCUGGCUGCCUUGGCCACGGCUGCUUCUUUGCCUUCUAAAUUCACUCUCGUCUCCUCGGAGGAUGGCUCGACCUUGACGACCAACGGAUGGCAGAUUUAUGGACACACCGACACCACGUCCGAACUGAGCAUUCUCGAACGUACUGGCACUUUUGUCUACUACAACGCCUCUGGCGACGAGGAGGGCCUGUCCGUCCUUACGGGUGUGAACAGCCUCGCCUGGCUCAUCCAGCCGGGCUCUGAGCCGAUCGCGGGCACGACCAUCACGAGCUACGGGCUCACAGACGAUGGCUAUCUGGCACUCAAUGGGGAGCAGAACUUUGCCUUCAACACCAGUCUGGACGGGGCGCAGGAGCUGUGGUGGAUUGGAGAUGUGAGCACGAUUGAUCCUGGUUUUACAAUUGUGCAGCUGGAAGUUCAGUCUGCCUAGAAAUAGAUUCUAUGCCAGGUGUAGGGUCUAAACAGCUCUAAAGUAGUGCUAUAAAUAACAUCUAUCUAUCUUGAUAUCUUUCAAUGUUGACACCCCUGCAAGAACAACACGUGCAUCACC